GCUGCUUAGCCAUAAGAACACGUACACACGAGAAGUUAUCUGAUGCGGACAUGGCGCAACGAGAACAAUAACGCAACAAAUGUACAUGUUGCGUACCAUGAGAUAAGCAAACUGUUCACUUUUAACUUAGAAGAAAGCGCAGGAAAAUGGGAGACUUGGCCAAAUGCUUUCACGUGUUGUGUUUUCCUCUAUUUGUUUUAAUGUCUGCACCUGGAUGUUUAAGCCAGUCCAUCACAGGUGAUGUGGCUUUUCUAAACGCGCCUGACGCGCCGGUCUCCUUGUGGCUUGCGCGCGUUCUCUACACCUGUGCUGAGUCGUCCGUCGUGCACGUACAGGUUCUGGUUUCUUUCGAUACUGGAUCCACCGCAAUCCUUUUUGACAAAUACUGGACGUGCGAGGCAGGGCGAACCAGAUCCCGAGUGGUGACGGUGCGUUUCCCCGACUGGCUUGUUUACCGGCCCGAUUGGAUAAUACGCGGUUCCGAUUGGGUGCUCAGCUGUUUGUUGCGCGCCUGGAUCGGCUCUGACGAUUCCCCAGAACCGGACAGGUUUUCACUGGCUAGUGUGGCCGUACACCUCGAUGUUCAGCCACCACUCAGUCGACCCGUUAAGAAUCACCUGGUUUGUGCCAGCUGGGGCGCAGAAUUGCUCAGGCGAGUCGGUGGAGACGAUGCGCCACAGUGCGCAAAAGAAAAUGAGGUGGCCACUUUUCUUUCCACAUUGUAUGCAUCUACUGGGGAGAAUUAUGGGAUCAUCAAAGCCCUCAAACCAUUCAAAAACAAACUGUUGGAAGGAUUAAGAAUAAAAUCCAUCUACUCUCCCUGGUGUGCCUUUUCACUCUGGGUUUUGCUGGUUAAACCCUGCAGUAACCAUCUGUGUGGCCUUCUGCACCACAUUAAUGAUGAAAAUGAUUACGCCACCCCAUCCAUGUUCCUCACUAAAACCGGUCAGAUUCAUGUGCAGUUGGUCAGAGAUUCUGGACAACCGUCAGCGUUUCUUUCUCCGUUCAAGGUUCCUCUUGGUCAGUGGUGUCUUAUCCACCUAGAGAUUCUUGGAAGAUCGACACAGCUUUCAAUUGCAUGCUCUGAUGGACAGCAGCAAUUUAUUAAGACUGCUGAACAUGUGUUUGACAUUAACCCCAUGCUGGAUGACACGCAUGGCUACUUUGUUAUUGGUGGAGGCAAAUUCACAACGGGCAUUGAAGGAUAUUAUGGACCGACUAAAUUCUACCGCACAAAGGGGCUCCCAGCUGACCCUGCCGAAAUUCAACUUCCUGAUAUAAUUGCGAAGGUAAAUAUAACUGGAUGGUUGCAAUCUUGUCAGAAGUUUAAAGCUGAUCUUUUCUUCAAUGCACAAUCCACUGUCAACAGGCUGUCUGGCAGCUGUUUGGACGCAUACACAGAUCUUUUACUAAAUCACGGUACGGAGAUCACAACUGAACGAUGCACUUUCUUCGAAUCACCAACCAAUCGUCACAGGCAUCAAGUGGCACGGUUGACUAAGAUUCUGUCACAAAAACAAGGUUACGUGUUGUCCUCUACGCUAGGCCGGGUGCUGUAUUCUCUAGUCUUGCGUAAACUGAAAUCAUCUGAUGGCCUCGAGGUAAUAAAGAGACUGAUGCCUUUUCUGCUACAGUCUGGAUGUUUAGGGGACAACAGGGCACUGCAUCUCUCCUCUGUGCUUUAUAGCAGUGGGUUUGGAGUUAAGAAGCAGCCAUACAAGGCUUGGCUGCUGUCCCUGUUGGCAGCUCAGGACGACUGGAGACUGGCCCUGCUGCGUUUAGGACACAUGCAUCAUGUCGGUGACCUAGACGUGACCCCUGACCAUGAACUGUCCUAUGCGUAUUACAUCAACAUCGCAAGACAGACCACCACGGAUCAUAAAAAACCCACUCCACAGCAGACAUUUGUUGAGUUAAUACGGUUAAACGAUGAAGAGGCCUUGAAGGCCCAAACCAGUGAAAACGACGAUCUGUUUCAUUGGCUAAAGCUUCAGGCACGGAGUGGAGUGGCUGAAGCAGAGCAAGCGAUGGGCCGUAUGUUGUUCUGGGGUCAGCAGGGUGUGUCUCCAGACAUUCAGACCGCCGUGAAGCACUAUGAGAGAGGAGCCACCAGACUUCAUGACCCUGUCUCCGCGUACGACUACGCCAUCGUGCUCCUCACGGGACAAGGAGUUCAACAAAACGUGCAAAAGGCUGUGACAUUUCUGAAUAAAGCAAUAGAACAGGGCUUUGUUCCUGCCAUCACGGCUUUAGGAUGGUAUUACGAGCAGUUUGAAAGAGAUUACGAGAAGGCCGCACUUCUGUGGAAGGAGGCUGAUGGCAAAGGUCACCCUGAUGCUGCUAUGAAUCUAGGAGUUCUCUACUCUCAGGGUCUCUACCCUGGACAUCCUCAAGACAGGUUUAAAGCCUUUCAGUGCUACCUGAGGUCAGCUCAGAGAGGUCAUAUGAACGGUGGCAUCGCACUGGCGGAUGUUUGGAUUCAUGGGAUUCCUGGUCAAGUGGCCAGACGUCCAGAAGAUGCUGUUUUGUGGGCUAAAUGGGCGUCUGAACAGAACGGAUAUCUAGGAACAGUCUUGAGAAAAGGCUUGAAUGCCCAUCUCAAAGGAGACUGGAUUAUGUCUUUGAUUUAUUAUCUCAAUGCGGCAGAGAGUGGCUUUGAAGGCGCUCAGUUUAAUGUGGCGUACCUCUGUGAACUCAACUCUGCCUUUUUGAACCCAGCCCUGGUAACUCAAUGUAUGUUGAGAUACUAUAACAUGUCCAUACAAGGUCAAGAUCCAGCUUCUUAUGCGCUGAUCAAAAUGGGAGAUUUGUUGUACGGUGGACAAGCUUCCGGCAGAAGAGAGGUUUCUGGCGCAGCUGAGAUGUACAAACAAGCAGCUCUUAUGAGGAAUCCACAGGGUUGGUAUAACCUCGGCCUGCUCGUCCAGGAAGGCGAGUCUCUGCCGUUCAGUCUUCUUGCUGAACUAAAUUUGCUUCAUCUUUACUUGACAGACAAGCAGAAGCUCCUCACCAACCUGUUUCACAGAUGUAUAGAGACAAACAGUGUUGAGGCAUACCUGCCGUGCACGCUAGCGCUCCUCAACGCACACCUUCCAUCCUUCCAAGUAGAUAAACAUACAGCAGUUAAGCUCAUCGCCACAGUUUCGGCAGCUGUUGGAACUUUGUCUCUUGUUUUUGGACUUUUUAAACGGAGGACAGCGGACCACCGCCAGCCCCCACAAUCAUCUACCCAAGACCAAGAGGAGGAAUCUGAAAACCUUGGAUGAUAUUUAUUUUUUAGACCUAAUGAUUGUUUCUUCAUACAGAGCACUUUAUGAACAAUCGUGAAGUUUUGUAACAUUUCGAAUUGUAUUACAAUUCAUAUUCUUUCAUUUAUAAUCAGGCAACGAGACUUUGAAACCAUACAACACAUCCACACAUGUCAUUCCUCAAAGGUUUUAACUAAAUGCUUUUUAAAAAAUAAGGUUUACCAAGAUAUUUUCUGACUUUUCACUUACGCUUUAAUAAGAAAACAUAUUUUUCUUGCUGUGAUUUUAAUGUGAUCAUUUUAAAUUGUUUAACUUCUGUUAGGUUUUCCUUUAUAGAGCUUUUGCAGUAUCACUUCAGUGUCUCUAGACAAACAAAUUUUUUCCCUCUCUUGGAGGUAGAGGGUCCCGGCGGGGCGACUCUUGCUGCUUCUAAUGAAAGUGUGUGCAGCGCUCCCGGUUUUGUGUGUAGAGUGAUGCAAACAGCAGGUGUUCAGCAAGCUGUGAUAUGCCCAGGGCCCCGGGAACACACGUUUAAUUAAAACAACACCCAAAAGUUGAGUAAUCCCCUGAUAGAGGGACUGCACCACACAGUGUCAAGGGGACGGGAAUCUCACAGCGUUCAAAUUAAAAUAAUGCGAAGCUCUCAGCGAGACAUUAACAGUGAAAGCUAGUUUUUGAUAGCGUACAUAAUGUAAAUGUUUCAUUAAAGAGAUUUGUAUAAAUGUUCUGUGAAUGUGUUCAUCUCUGCACAUCCUUUAGUCAAACUUUUUAAACCAUCCAUCAUGCUAUAACCGUCGUGUGAGAUUUGUAUUUCAUGAAUCAGGUAGAGAACAUGAUUUGCAGCUUUUAGAAAA